CGCGGCGGAAGUUGCCGAAGGCCGGCUGGGGCGGCCAUAUUGGGAGCCGCCGCUGUGUGAAACCGAGGGGCGGCAAGUGGAGUCCUGGCACCGGCGGCGAAGGGAAGACGGUGCCCGAGCCCGACAGCGGAGGCGCGGCGGGGCUUGGCGACGUCCAGCCGGCCCAAGACGCGCCUCGGACGGCGGGGCUUCCCCAGUUGCGGUUUUCCUUCUGGUGCGGCCUGGUCUCUAGCGCCUCAUCCCCGGCCUCGCGUGAUCCUCCAAGCCGGGCACCCUGCACUCCCACCCGGCUUAGAAGGGAAGCCUUAUGCCUCGUCGGUGGUAGUGCCUUCCGACCGCCCAUUGAGCCCCGCUUCCCCCAUGCUGGUGGCCUGGCCGCCCCCCUCGCCCUGAGGAGGAGGAGGAGGAGGAGGAGGAGAAGAGGAGGAGGAGGACCCCGACCCCUUCCAGCUGGGUCAGGGAGCAGGCGGCGGGGAAGGCGCUGAGCAGCUGGGGGGACCCCCCCUCAGGCCUUUGCCAAGCGGAACCAUGUCGAACAGCGGCCGCAGCCCCCUGCCCACCGUGACGGAGAACUUGGAGCAGCCGGCCUUGGGACACCCAGACUCCAAACCGAGCACAAAGUCCAACAUGUUACGAGGCCGCAUCCCUGCCACCUCCGCGGACGAGCAGCCCCACAUUGGGAACUACCGCCUGUUGAAGACCAUUGGCAAGGGCAAUUUUGCCAAAGUCAAGUUGGCACGGCACGUCCUGACGGGGAAAGAGGUGGCCGUGAAAAUAAUCGACAAGACGCAGUUGAACUCCUCCAGCUUACAGAAGCUCUUCCGGGAAGUGCGAAUAAUGAAGGUUUUGAAUCAUCCCAAUAUAGUUAAAUUAUUUGAAGUCAUAGAGACAGAUAAGACGCUGUACCUCAUCAUGGAGUAUGCCAGUGGAGGCGAAGUGUUUGACUACUUAGUAGCUCACGGACGAAUGAAAGAGAAGGAGGCGCGGGCAAAAUUCCGACAGAUAGUUUCUGCUGUGCAGUACUGUCACCAAAAAUUCAUUGUACAUAGAGACUUGAAGGCAGAAAAUCUGCUCUUAGAUGCCGACAUGAACAUCAAGAUUGCAGACUUUGGUUUCAGCAACGAGUUCACGUUUGGCAACAAGCUUGACACGUUCUGCGGGAGCCCCCCGUACGCCGCGCCCGAAUUGUUCCAGGGCAAGAAGUACGACGGGCCCGAGGUGGACGUCUGGAGCCUCGGGGUCAUUCUCUACACACUGGUCAGCGGCUCCCUGCCCUUUGACGGGCAGAACCUCAAGGAGCUGCGAGAACGGGUCUUGAGGGGGAAGUAUCGCAUCCCCUUCUACAUGUCCACAGACUGUGAGAACCUGCUGAAAAAAUUCCUUAUCCUGAACCCUAGCAAGAGAGGCACUUUAGAGCAAAUCAUGAAAGACCGCUGGAUGAAUGUGGGACAUGAGGACGACGAAUUGAAGCCUUACGUGGAACCUCUGCCAGACUACAAGGACCCUCGGCGGACAGAGCUCAUGAUUUCCAUGGGAUACACCCGGGAAGAAAUCCAGGACUCCUUAGUCAGCCAGAAGUAUAAUGAAGUUAUGGCGACGUAUCUGCUGCUAGGUUACAAAAACUCAGAGCUCGACAACGACAGCAUCGCCCUAAAACCACGGCCCCAGCCCGACCUCGCCAACAGCACGGCUCCCUCCCCUUCGCACAAGGUACAGCGCAGCAUAUCAGCCAACCCCAAGCAGCGCCGCUUAAGCGACCAGGUACCCACCAUCCCAACCUCCACGUCGUACUCCAAGAAAACGCAGGCCGCCAAUGCUGAGAACAAGCGACCCGAAGAGGAACAGGAGGCCGGGCGCAGCAAGGCCGGGAGCACCGUCAAAGUGCCCGCCAGCCCGCUGCCUGGCCUGGAGCGGAAGAAGAGCACCCCCAUGCCCUCCACGAACAGCGUCCUCUCGACCAGCACAAACCGGAGUCGCAACUCACCCAUGCUGGAUCGGGCCAGCCUGGGCCAGAACUCGAUACAGAACGGCAAAGAUAGCCUAACCACUCCGGGCUCCAGGGCCUCUACCGCCUCCACUUCUGCCGCCGUGAGCUCCGCGCGCCCGCGACAACACCAGAAAUCCAUGUCUGCCUCGGUGCACCCCUCCAAGCCCACGCUGCCCCCCACCGAUAGUAACUGCGAGGCACAGCGACCUAGCACUGCCCCCCAGCGGGCCCCCGUGGCCUCCCCCUCUGCCCACAACAUCAGCAGCGCCCUCCCCGAGCGCACCAACUUCCCACGAGGCAUCCAGAGCCGCAGCACGUUCCAUGCCGGGCAGCUCCGGCAGGUCCGGGACCAGCAGAACCUCCCCUACGGCCUCACGCCCGCCUCGCCCUCCGGGAACAGCCAAGGCCGGAGGGGCGCCUCGGGGAGCCUCUUCAGCAAGUUCACCUCCAAGUUCGUACGCAGAAAUCUGUCUUUCAGGUUUGCCAGAAGGAACCUGCAUGAGCCUGAAAGCAAAGACCGCGUGGAGACGCUCAGGCCUCACAUGACGGGCGGCAGUGGGGACAAAGACCGGGACGAGAACCGGGAAGCCAAGCCGCGGUCGCUGCGCUUCACCUGGAGCAUGAAGACCACCAGCUCCAUGGAGCCCAACGAGAUGAUGAAGGAGAUCCGGAAAGUGCUGGAUGCGAACAGUUGCCAGUGUGAGCUGCAGGAGAAGUACAUGCUCCUGUGCAUGCACGGGGCGCCCGGCCACGAGGCCUUCGUCCAGUGGGAGAUGGAGGUUUGCAAGCUCCCCCGCCUCUCGCUCAACGGCGUCCGCUUCAAGCGGAUAUCGGGCACGUCCAUGGCCUUCAAGAACAUUGCCUCCAAAAUCGCCAACGAACUCAAGCUUUAACGGGCCACCCCAGGGGAGGGGGCACCUGGCCUGCACAUGCACGGAGGGGGGCGAGGGGGCGAGCUGCGGCGGCUUCCCUUCGGAAGGGCCCUCGGUGCCGGCCAUGCAGGCAGAGGGUGGGCAGGGCAAGGGGGGAGGUGGGGGCACCCCCACUCCAUCUCCCCAUGCCCCCCCCACUGAUGGAUCUCCAUGGAGACAGGGUGCGUGGGAUAGUGGUUGGCAGCCACCUAGCCGGUCUCCGUGGCAACAGCAGUGGGAGUGUACCAAGGGCUGUUGGAUGAGGGGGCAUCCCUUUUGGUCUCCGUGGCGACCAUGGUACUUUUUAUCCCAUCCACCCCCCCGCUUUUUUUUUUCCCCUCCUUUUCCCCCUUUUUCUUCUUGUACACGAGACAGGGUUUGCAAUUUUACCAAAAGCAGCGGAAAGCAGCGGCGACCGACUGUCCCCUCCGGAGCCGGAGCGUGCCCUUUCCCACAGUGCCGUUCCCUCUCGCGCACCUCCCCCUCAGGACCCGGGUUAGCGGAGGACCGCAGCUGGGAGGAGGCCAGGAUGGGGGGGCAGCCAGGCACCUUCCCCGUCUUUGUGCAAGGAAAGAGGGACGGUUGAGGUUCUCAAUGGGCAUUAACGUAGCAACGGUCCCGCCCACCCAGGGUCCCCCCCCCCCGGCUCCAGCCAGUGAUGGAAGCGAAGCACCUCCCCCUCCUCCCAGGCCUAGGGGCACUCCUGAGCCCUCCCCGUCGGCCUUGCCCCCAAAACCCUGGUCCCUGCAGAUGGCACCCCAGCCUCGCAUGGAGGGUCGAGAUCCCCCAACGGGUUUUCCUCUCCGCAUGAAACCUUCCUCCUCCUCACUAAGGGUGGGGUUGGAAGGAGGACGGGCUGGGUGCCCUCUGGUUUCUGCUCACUCAGCAGCCUGGACCAUCACUCCUCCCCCCUCGUCCCCACCCUUUGUGCGGCCAGGGGCCACUCUGGGGCCGGGCAGUGCCCUGUUUACACUCAACAGAGGCUCCGGUCUGCUGCUUCCUGCCUCGGAUGCUGCAGACAGAACCCGCUGUGGGGUUUGGCCUCCUCUCCCGCCCUCCAAGCCCCCUCCCGGUGAACCUGAGCAUGGGGGGGAAGCGCCGCUGGGGGGGCUGUGGCCAGGGGUUCUUCAGCACACACACACACACCCCGUGAUUCACACAAAAGCCUUUGGAUGUUCAGGAUGGGUUAAAGAGCUUUGGGCCUGCUGUUUUACACACACACACCCAUCACAGGUACGCUGCCCCUGCUUUCUGGAGAGCUUGGGUUUAUUUCUGCUGAAAAAGUGUGGGGGGGACACAGCUCCUGCCCCCUCCCCAUCUUUAUUUCCCUUUCCAAAGCACAAGAGGAAAAGUGGGACUGGUCGCAGUACCUCUUCAGUUCCCCCAUCUUCUCCUUGGCCCCCUCUCUGGGUUUCUUUCAUGGUCACAUUGCCCCUUGAGAAUGUAUUUUUGGUCAGGGGGGUGCUCUGUAGCCCCUCCACCUUCUCUCUCUCUCACACACACACACACACACACCUGGUUUGUAUAUAACUGUACUGAUACCUCGGUUUUGUGAGUGGUUAUAAUUUUUUUUGUUUUGUUUUGUUUAAUUCUCAUCACAACAUGCCUUUUUUAAAAGAAAAAAAAAAUCAUGUCCUUUUUGGGGGGGGUUCACUUCUUCCCCCCCCCCUCCCCUCUCUCCCUCUCUCUCUAAGGAUGCUGCCGUUUGAUGUAGUUUUACAGGUUCUAGAUUAAAACUUUCCAGAAAGCACCUACCUAGCGUUGGAUUCCUGUUUUCAGUUCCACACUCACCCCACCCCACGCACUUGACACGAGGGAUGGAAGCUGGGCAUCACCCCAGGACUUGGGACCAGCGGUGUUUCAUGUGGAAAUACGGGGACAGCCGGCACUGCAAGAGGGGGAUCUCUGGGCAGAGCACCCCUCCUAUCCGCUCGGCUCUGCUUGCCCGGUUCGCAAAGCCGGGAAGACUUGUGGCAUCUCUUGGCAGACUGUGGCCAGUUUCUUAUUAAAGCCAAAGAAAUAAA